GAUCGGUGAAUACUGUCCUCAGUUCUUCUGUAUCCUCUUACAGAUUCACAUCUCAUCUCCCUCCAUAUGUAUGUGUGUGUUCAUUGGAGGUCCAACUCACACCUAACGCAAUCCUAAAUCCUAAUCUUGUCCAUAUCCUCUCUCUUGUGGCUCUCAAAUAUUCAAGAUUUCGAUUCACAUAUACCCGUUUGCCCCCUUUCUUUUCCAUUACUAUCAACCCUCCGUAUUCGUCAACAAAGAUUCCAUUUUUUUCAAGAUUCAACCAUUGGAUGCUAAUGAGAACUCACCAAUAACCUUUACCCAUUUGAUCGGAUUCUUCGAGUUAUUGGAGUAAGAUUUGCACAGAUCGUCUUUUUUUUUAUUAAUCUGUGGUGGGUUUAUCAAAUAAUCUGCAAAGAUGGGUGAUGUAGCAAAGGACUUAGCGGCUGGGACGGUAGGUGGGGCGGCCCAGUUGAUAGUUGGACACCCUUUUGAUACCAUCAAGGUGAAACUCCAAAGUCAACCUACUCCGCUACCGGGUCAACUCCCCAAAUACUCUGGUGCGAUAGACGCUGUUAAACAGACAUUGGCCGCUGAAGGUCCAAGAGGUCUUUACAAAGGAAUGGGAGCCCCACUAGCCACUGUAGCAGCUUUCAAUGCUGUCUUGUUCACAGUAAGGGGUCAAAUGGAAACCCUUUUGAGGUCUGAACCUGGUGCACCCUUGACCGUCAACCAGCAGGUCAUUGCUGGUGCAGGUGCUGGAGUCGCUGUCUCUUUCUUGGCCACCCCAACUGAGUUAAUCAAAUGCAGAUUGCAGGCCCAAGGCGCAGGUGCAGUGGCAGAGGCUGGUGGUGCAGUUGCGGCUGCAGUGAAGUACAGUGGUCCAAUGGACGUGGCUGAGCAAGUCCUAAGGUCCGAAGGAGGUGCUAGAGGUCUCUUUAAAGGGCUAUUUCCCACAUUGGCUCGUGAAGUUCCAGGAAACGCGGCAAUGUUUGGUGUUUAUGAGGCCCUAAAACAGUAUUUUGCUGGUGGCACUGAUACUUCUGGUUUAAGCAGAGGUUCACUGAUGAUGGCUGGAGGGUUAGCAGGAGGUGCAUUCUGGGCUUCGGUUUACCCAACCGACGUUAUCAAGAGUGUGAUCCAGAUCGAUGAUUAUAAGAACCCCAAGUAUUCUGGAUCAAUUGACGCUUUCAAAAAGAUACUAAAAUCUGAAGGAAUCGGAGGUUUGUAUAAAGGUUUUGGACCUGCAAUGGGUCGAAGCAUCCCUGCAAAUGCCGCUUGUUUUCUAGCAUAUGAAGUCACGAGGUCGAGCUUGGGCUAGACAUCAACGAGCUUAGUGUCUCAUUGUUUUUAACAUUCAUUGUACCGGAUGAAUUUAUUCUCUUGAAAGCAUUGAAAUAGUUUUCUUUUGUGCU